GGUUAUGUUGAAAUGUUGGCAGCAGACGACAGACAAGCUGAAAAAAGCCUAACUUCACGAAAGAAAACAAAAAUAGCAAAGGAAAAUCUUGCUUCCUCCAGAUUUCAUUCUGUCAAACCGACUUAAGAUUGCCUUCGUAUUCAAUUUACUGCCAAGCAAUGGAAUCGAUGGAUCCUGAUAUUUUGAAAGACGCCGACGAUCCUUCCUUAGGCGGACCUGACGAGUCGGUCGACGUGUCUAUUGAGGAGGACUCAAAGGUGACCGCAGACGAUGAUUCCAGUGAUAGUAGCUCUAUGGGAGGCGACAUGAUGGACGAACACCCAGGCGGCAACACGCAUUCACUUCUGCAGGCCAGGGACAGCGACGGAGGCACGGAUUCAGGAGAGGAUGAGGAGCCAACACCUGUCAACAACAGCAGCUUCGCCAACGACCCUAUGGAGACUUCUGCAAAUUCGUCUUUCAACAUAGUGAAGGAAGAGGUUUUGGAUGAGAACUACGAUGAAGAAGAAGACAGAUCGCAGCCCAAUCUUUUGCUCCCCACACUUCCAAAACCAGAACCUACGAUAUCACCACCUCCAGCAAAAAAGGCCAAGAAGAGGGAAAAGACAAAAAAAGAGAUCGAAGAAGAGGAAAGGGAGAAAAUGCAAGUAUUGGUUUCCAAUUUCACUGAAGAUCAACUUGAUCGGUACGAGAUGUUCAGACGUGCUGCCUUUCCCAAAGCUGCCAUUAAAAGGAUAAUGCAAACAAUAACUGGUUGCUCUGUAUCACAAAACGUAGUGAUUGCAAUGGCUGGAAUAGCAAAAGUCUUUGUUGGAGAAGUUGUUGAAGAAGCUCUGGACGUUGAGGAAAAGAUGGGUGAAAGUGGACCAAUUCAGCCUAAGCACUUACGAGAAGCCGUACGACGGCUUCGUUACAAAACAUCCAUUCCAAAUACAAAGCCAAGGAAAAUCGCCAACUUGUGAUGUAAGCAAGGUAAUUUCAUUUAAGCUCUGGUUGCGCAAGCAACUUUGAAGACUGGCUUGAUUUUACGGAAGCCGUUGGGUUAAGCUUUUGUACAGACAAACCUUUGGGGCUUCCGUUUGAUACUUUCUCAAGCCAUGGUGUGUGUCAGCUGCUGCAACGCAAUUAGUGGUUUCUAAGAACAUGUUCGGGUGUGUUAAGUGAGAGACGGAAACUGUAUUAUUCAUCAAAUAUAACAUCUCUUUAUUGAUUUCUUAUUUGA